AUGUCGCUCAAAACCGAGACCCCCACUAAUACACACCUUAACAUUGUUCCGAAGCUCGCCACUGAUGGCUCGAACUGGAUCACAUACAAGGAAUGGAUCCAUACCGUCAUGGGCUCUCGCGGUUUGAUGCGACAUCUCGAGGGCACCGCGCGCCAGCCGCCUGACCCCCUACCAUACCCUCAGACAGCGCCAAGUACCGCUGCGGUAACAGUGCCGAGCGCCACUGCAGCAACGACAGGCACGUCUGCCACUGCAGCAAUGACAACCACUGCCCCGACCCAACCUGCAUUGACACCGGAGGAGUAUCUUGCAAAGGUUGAGGCCGCUGAGAGCAAGUUGGACGAUUUCUUGCAGAAGGAGUUUGCGGCAUGGCAGCAGAUCUACGGGACGAUCAAUGAUGCGCUGCUUCUGCGCGUGAAGAAGCUCCCGACAGGUGCGGACGUGUGGGGUGCUAUCCAGAAGGAGUACGAGGGGAAGUCGGAGAUGUACUCCGGCGCGGUGAGGACUCGGCUUCAGAACAUGAAGUGUGACGAGGGAGCAAACAUCAGGACUCACCUUGAUCAAAUGCUCAAGUUCCGUGAAGAGCUGUCUUCGAUGGGCGCAGCGAUGGCGGACGCGGAUUUCUCAGCAUGCAUCUACACGUCACUUUCAUCCUCCUAUGGCACACUCCUCACAGCACUCACCACCGCUGCACAUCUAUCCAAGAACACACUCACAUCCGAUGAUGUUGUCUUCGCGAUCUGCGAGGAAUUUGAUCGCAGGAGCCAAGGCCAGACUUCAGAGACUGUGCUGUUUGUCAAACCAGCCGGAAAGUUUGCAUCGCGAGGAAAGGGGCAGAAAAACUCGAAAGACAUCGAGUGCUUCAAUUGCGGCCGAAGGGGCCAUAUGAAAUCGGAGUGCUGGCAUGCAGGGGGUGGAAAGGAAGGUCAAGGACUGCGAAACCAGAACCCGAAGAAGGAUGGCGAUAAGGGCAAGUCGGGCAUGAGUGCAAACACAGCUGUCAGCAGCAACACGGACGUGCACGCGUUCACGGCAACCUUCGACAGUGCAGCACUUGCUCAUAGCCACACAGCUGAUGGAAACAUCCGGAUCGAGGUCUAUGACAGCGGUGCAACAUGUCACAUUUCCCCAUAUCGCGACACGUUCACGGCAUUUGAGGCAACCCCUCCAAAGCCAAUCACAGCAGCUGAUGGCUGGGCAUUCCACGCAACAGGUCAGGGAACCGUCGCCCUAAAGGUUCCAAAUGGUGAUCAGUGGACAACUGUCAUGCUACAAGAUGUGCUGUACGCACCCGAUAUAGCCUUCGCACUCAUUUCCGUUGCGCGUGCUGAUGCUGCAGGGUAUUCUGCCAUCUUUGAGCAAGGAGAGUGUCGUAUCAUCUCCCGCAGCAAAGGACGAAUUGUCGGCCACAUCCCGUCAAACAAUGGCCUCUUUCGUGUUGAGCAUGCACGUACAACAGCCGGAAUAGUUCUAUUGCCACCUGGAGAUGUUGUUGAGCAUGGACUGGUGACGACAUCAGUCAUGGAUUUUCAUCGUCGCAUGGGCCAUAUCUCACCUAUGAUCGCCGAACACCUAGUGCGCGAAGGAAGAGUCGAAGGUGUCCAUUUUACAGACAGUGUGAAGCCGGGUACGGACCAAUGCGAGUCGUGCAUCCAGGCAAAAAUCACACGUCACCCAGUGCCGAAGGAGCGCGACGGUGCACGUGCCAAAGAACUAGGUGACAGAGUUCACUCGGACGUAUGGGGACCUGCGCGUACUGAGACGAUAGGCGGGAAGAAAUACUUUACCUCGUUCACAGACGAUGCAACACGCUGGACCGAAUUGUACCUGCUGCAUGCGAAGUCCGGUACCUUCCAGGCCUACAAGUCCUAUGAGGCGAAGCUCAGUACACAGGAUGGCAAAACUGUAAAGGCCUUGCAGUCCGAUCGAGGGGGCGAAUAUAUGAGUGCUGACUUCAAAGCUCACCUUGCUGCGAAAGGCACGGCCUCCCAUCUUACAGUGCAUGACACCCCGCAACACAAUGGGCUUGCAGAGCAUAUCAAUCGAACACUUCCGGAGCAUGCGCGGGCAAUGUUGAUUGCCUCAGGCUUGCCGAAGAGUCUCUGGGGCGAGGCAAUAAUGCACGCAACUUGA